AUGAUCACGGGCACCGACUUCUACCACGUCAUGACGGCGAUGGUGCCGCUGUACGUGGCCAUGAUGCUGGCCUACGGCUCCGUCAAGUGGUGGCGCAUCUUCACGCCGGACCAGUGCUCCGGCAUCAACCGCUUCGUGGCGCUCUUCGCCGUGCCGCUCCUCUCCUUCCACUUCAUCUCCAGCAACAACCCCUACACCAUGAACCUCCGCUUCAUCGCCGCCGACACGCUGCAGAAGCUCAUCAUCCUCGCCCUCCUCGCCUGCUGGAGCCACCUCUCCCGCAACGGCUCCCUCGAGUGGACCAUCACGCUCUUCUCCCUCUCCACCCUCCCCAAUACCCUCGUCAUGGGCAUCCCGCUCCUCAAGGGCAUGUACGGCGACGAGUCCGGGUCACUCAUGGUGCAGAUCGUCGUGCUCCAGUGCAUCAUCUGGUACACCCUCAUGCUCUUCAUGUUCGAGUACCGCGGCGCCAGGAUCCUCAUCACGGAGCAGUUCCCCGACACCGCCGGCGCCAUCGCCUCCAUCGUCGUCGACCCGGACGUCAUGUCGCUCGACGGCGGCGGGCGGGGCAUGAUCGAGACGGAGGCGGAGGUCAAGGAGGACGGCAAGAUUCACGUCACCGUGCGCCGCUCCAACGCGUCGAGGUCCGACAUCUACUCGCGCCGCUCCAUGGGGUUCUCAAGCACCACGCCGCGGCCCAGCAACCUCACCAACGCCGAGAUCUACUCGCUGCAGUCGUCCCGGAACCCGACGCCGCGCGGCUCCAGCUUCAACCACACCGACUUCUACUCCAUGGUGGGCCGCAGCUCCAACUUCGCCGCCGCCGACACGUUCGGCCCCGUGGUGCGCACGGGCGCCACACCGCGCCCGUCCAACUACGAGGAGGACAAGGCCGGCGGCAAGUACGGGCAGUACCCGGCGCCCAACCCCGCGAUGGCGGCGGCCCCGAAGCAGGGCAAGAAGCCUGGCGCCAAGGGCGAGGACGGCAAGGACCUGCACAUGUUCGUGUGGAGCUCCAGCGCGUCUCCCGUGUCCGACGUGUUUGGCAACGGGAACACCGAGGCGUACAACGAUGCCGCCGGCGCCAAGGACGUCCGCGUGGCCGUCGCAUCCCCGCGCAAAGCUGACGGCGUGGAGCGUGACGACUUCAGCUUCGGGAACAAGGGGAUGGCCGGCGAGAGGGACGCGGAGGCCGGCGACGAGAAGGAACUGGGGAACCAGGAGGGCAUGGUGGCGGCGCCGACGGCGAUGCCGCCGACGAGCGUGAUGACGCGGCUGAUCCUGAUCAUGGUGUGGCGCAAGCUGAUCCGCAACCCCAACACCUACUCCAGCCUCAUCGGCCUCGUCUGGUCGCUCGUCUGCUUCCGCUGGAACUUCGAGAUGCCGGCCAUCAUCAUGAAGUCCAUCGCCAUCCUGUCCGACGCCGGCCUCGGCAUGGCCAUGUUCAGCCUCGGUCUGUUCAUGGCGCUGCAGCCUCGGAUCAUCGCGUGCGGGAACAAGCGGGCAUCGUUCGCCAUGGCCGUGCGGUUCCUGACGGGCCCGGCCGUGAUGGCCGCCGCCUCCAUCGCCGUCGGCCUCCGCGGCAAGCUCCUCCACGUCGCCAUCGUGCAGGCGGCGCUGCCCCAGGGCAUUGUCCCCUUCGUCUUCGCCAAGGAGUACAGCGUGCACCCCGACAUCCUCAGCACGGCGGUCAUCUUCGGCAUGCUCAUCGCGCUGCCCAUCACGCUCGUCUACUACAUCCUGCUGGGGCUGUAGAUCGAUCGGCGAUCGAUCGAGGACACGAUCCAGCAUGCCUGCGUGAUAGAUGUCGAGCGUGCCGGCAGACAGAGGAGGGGACAAAGGGAGAUGCAAAGGCUCCAUGCGCACGCAGGGGACAUGCUUGCAUGCUCAUCAUGCAGGCAGGCAGGAGGGUUAAUUAGUAGGAUUCUUAAUUAGUAGGUGUAGAGAUGGAUGGAAGAAUUAAUGUUUAGGACGGAUGGCUAAAGAUUAAAGGAGGCAUACUAUGCUCAAAGCUUUGCGAGGGAGAAGGAGGAUCAAGUUUGGGGUUUUUAGAAGAUGUAUGUGUGCGUUGGGAGAGGUUUUCUGGACAGGGAAUGGCUGGGCUGGCCUUGUAAAAUGGAUGCCAAUUUGAUGAAAUGCUUGAGCUCAUGUUCCUUCAUCCUUGUACUACUACUAUGCUACACUAUCUGG